AUGUGUUCUUUCAGGCCUGACACUCAGCAUCGGGGUCCUGCUGCUCACUCAGAGAAUGAUCUUCCAGAACAAGAGGAAGAAAUUCUGGGAUCAGAUGAUGAUGAACAGGAGGAUCCCAACGAUUACUGUAAAGGUGGCUACCACCUUGUGAAGAUCGGAGACCUCUUCAACGGGCGCUACCACGUGAUCCGCAAGCUCGGCUGGGGCCACUUCUCCACUGUGUGGCUAGCUUGGGACAUCCAAGGGAAGAGAUUUGUGGCGAUGAAAGUGGUGAAGAGCGCGGAGCACUACACCGAGACAGCCCUGGAUGAAAUCAAGCUGCUAAAAUCGGUGCGCAACAGUGAUCCGAAUGAUCCGAAUAAAGAGAGGGUGGUUCAGUUAUUAGAUGACUUCAAGAUUUCAGGAGUCAAUGGUUCUCAUAUCUGCAUGGUGUUCGAGGUUCUAGGGCAUCACCUCCUCAAAUGGAUCAUCAAGUCAAACUACCAGGGCCUUCCGCUGCCUUGUGUCAAAAAGAUCAUCAAGCAGGUUCUUCAGGGUCUCGAUUACUUGCACACCAAGUGUCGGAUCAUUCAUACAGAUAUUAAACCUGAGAACAUCCUUCUGUGCGUUAACGACCAGUAUAUUCGCAGGUUGGCUGCGGAAGCAACAGAGUGGCAGAGAUCUGGGGCUCCUCCACCAUCGGGCUCUGCAGUGAGCACUGCACCACAGCCAAAACCAGCUGACAAAAUGUCAAAGAAUAAGAAAAAGAAGUUGAAAAAGAAGCAAAAACGACAAGCUGAGUUGUUGGAGAAACGAAUGCAAGAGAUAGAGGAAAUGGAGAAGGAAGCGAGCCCUGGGCAAACGCAGCCUGAUGAGGAGGAGGAAGCUCAGAGCCCCCUGGAAAUGCUUUUAAAAGUUAGUCCGCAGGAUGAAGGUGUCGGCAAAAAGACAGCUGAAGUCAUUGUCCCAGAGCAGUCCGUUCUCAUGGAAAGCGGCGUGGAAAAGUGCAUACCAGAAAUAAACUGCAACGGAGUGAUACAACUGACGGACUUCUCGGACUCUGGCAAUCAAGGGUCUCUGCGACUCGAGGACGACCUUCAUAAUGCCAAUAACUGUGGCCAUCGCCCCGUGGCGCAGAAGGAGGGGACCUUCCGCGGCUGUAGUUACAGUCAGCGGAACGGGGAUGCGGAGACCAGGCCUCCGGAAACAAUGUCGGACUCGUUCGUGCCCUUGGUUCCGGAGGAUUCCAUGGUGUGUCAGCCCGUGGUGAGCGAAGAGCAGUCAUUCAACGAGCAGGAGAUCAGCAAUUUGCAGGAAAGCAUCCGCACAGAGAUCCCGUCGGAGGAUGAGAAUGAGAAUAACUGUCCCUCGGAGAACAAAGGAAAAUCGACUGCUGGGAAUUUCCUUCUUAAUCCCCUUGAGCCCAAGAAUGCAGAUAAGCUCAAAGUGAAGAUAGCUGACCUAGGAAAUGCCUGCUGGGUGCACAAGCACUUCACUGAAGACAUCCAGACAAGGCAGUACCGAUCCCUGGAGGUGUUGAUAGGCUCGGGAUAUAACACUCCUGCUGACAUCUGGAGCACAGCCUGUAUGGCCUUUGAACUAGCAACAGGAGACUAUCUGUUUGAACCUCAUUCUGGAGAAGAUUACUCAAGGGAUGAAGAUCACAUUGCUUUGAUCAUAGAACUUCUGGGGAAAAUACCUCGCAAGCUCAUUUUGGCAGGAAAAUAUUCCAAGGAGUUUUUCACCAAAAAAGGUGACCUGAAGCACAUCACCAAGCUGAAGCCCUGGGGCCUUUUUGAAGUUCUGGUGGAAAAAUACGAGUGGUCCCAAGACGAGGCAGCUGCUUUCACAGACUUCUUACUGCCCAUGCUGGAGCUGAUCCCGGAGAAACGAGCGACCGCGGCCGAGUGCCUCCGGCACCCCUGGCUGAGCUCCUAGAGGCUCCAACCCAACGCCCAGCACUACACUCUGGUUUACAGCAUAGCAUACACACAUCCAGCUGCCCUUUCCCCAGUCCAGUUUUUUUCUUCCUUGUUCAUUUUCCGUGUGAAGUUCUUCCUUCCAAGGCUUCCAAGAUUUUAGAUAAACCUAACACGUUCCGCUGAGUUUGCUUGUGUCACUCAAUGGGGACUCUCCUCAGCCAGUGGGCAUCAUCCGUGUUCUGCCUUGAUAGGGCUUUGCCAAAGACUAAUUGACUGGAAUAUGAAG